CAUUCCUGUUCUUGUCCCUCAUCCAGACCUUGUGCCUCCAUGUUUUUCCAUGCGGUGGGAUGGUGGCUCCGUGCUUUCCUUCAGAUCCUGCUGUGGGCCGGUUCUAACCCGUUAACGGGCUGGGGAGUCGGUGUAAUGUUCCUUUAAAGGCCGCUGCCCCCCGCAGCGUCGUCAUUGCGCAGAAACAGUUUGAACCAAAAAGCGGAGUGACCUUCCGCCGCUCUCAGUCUGAGAGGGGCAGCACUGAAGCAAUAAGCCGGUCACAGCUCCUAUACUCCCCCGCUUUAGCCUCAGAAAUGAACAACAACUUAGUCGGAGAUGAAGUCGGGAAACUUUUUGUGGGUGGAUUGGACUGGAGUACCACACAAGAAACACUGAGAAAUUACUUCUCACAGUACGGGGAAGUAGUAGAUUGUGUCAUCAUGAAGGACAAAACUACGAAUCAGUCGCGAGGCUUCGGCUUUGUCAAAUUCAAAGACCCAAACUGUGUACGGACAGUGCUGGAGACAAAGCCGCAUAAUCUCGAUGGAAGAAAUAUUGACCCGAAGCCAUGCACUCCCAGAGGAAUGCAACCUGAAAAGUCUCGAACCAAGGAGGGCUGGGGCAGCAAAGCCGAUAGCAAUAAAUCAAAGAAGAUAUUUGUAGGUGGAAUCCCCCAUAACUGCGGCGAGCCUGAACUCAGGGACUAUUUCAAUAGAUUCGGAGUGGUCACAGAGGUGGUAAUGAUCUAUGAUGCGGAGAAGCAGAGGCCCCGAGGUUUUGGAUUUAUUACUUUCGAGGCCGAACAAUCAGUGGACCAGGCUGUCAACAUGCAUUUUCACGACAUCAUGGGCAAAAAAGUGGAAGUAAAGAAGGCCGAACCUCGUGACAGCAAAGCUCCUGGCCAGCUUGGCCCUGGCCAGUGGGCACCCAGGGGCAUCUUGAGUGCAGCUAAUGGUUGGACAGCACAGCCUGCCCAGGGCUGGCAACAGCCUUACGGGCCACAGGGAGUGUGGGUAUCAACUACUGGCCAGCCCAUAGGAGGGUAUGGACCUCCGUUGACAGCAGGCCGAGGAACCCCCACACAGCCCCCCUCACCUUUUAACGCAUUCCUGGUCACGACCCCAGCGGGCAGCUUUGCUGCACCUCAGGGCUACCCUCAACAGGGCUACAGCACAGCACCUCAGUUUGCAGGUUACAGUUUUGGCACACCACAAGCAGACCAGUAUGCCCCACAGGUUCCUCCUCCGCCCACCACUCCAGGAACUGCACCUCUGGGCUUUGCCCCCGCCACCACACCAACUCAGGACUUGAGCAAAGCUCCCACUGGGCAGCCCGACUUCCCUUAUAGCCAGUAUGGCUUGGGUAACUACCCUCAGGACCCCUCUGCCUACGGACCAACGCGUCCUUCUCACAGUUAUGGUCAGGAUGAGCAGGGAGGAUAUAGUGCAGCUAAAGGGGUGAGAAAAGAAAGAAGAUGUAAGGAAGAACAAGAUGACAGUAAUUCCCAAUUUUUUUCUCAUAUUCCUCUGUUCCGUGGUCCUGUUACGGCCGCGCUGUUCUUCAGAUUCCUCGGAUUUGUUCUGCGCCCCAAAAUCUACUCAUAUGACAACCUUUCCUUUCUCUCUCUCUUUCUCUCUUUUUGUGUUUUUUUUUUUUAAUGACAGUCUUCUGUUUUAUAAGAGAUGGUUAAAACCUAAAGUUAUCACCAGGGCGGGGGGGAAUAAACAGUCACCACUACUGGCUCUUUGGCAGCAAAUCAGUCUGUCUUCUGCAUCUAAACGGCUGUUUGACUUUGAAUUCUGGGAUGCACCAGCCAUUUUUACAGGCAGAUUGAUUUCCUUCCCUGGGUGUCACUGUUUUCCCUGUUUGUGUGCAGGGAGAUGGUGCCAUCCUCUGUCCACAGAAGAACAUUGAUCAUUUAAGUGAAACAAGUCACGCUUUUCCUCAAUGAAGCCACAUUAAAGUGUCACAACACAUUAAACUUGAAUUAUUCUAAAUGUACGGAGCAUUAUUUUAAACAAAUUCAACACUAAAUGGCUCAUUGAAGGAAUACAGUCUUUAAUUAUAGAGGAAAAAUCCACCUCGAAACAGAACGUGUAUUGGUUCAUUUAUUGAUCUCAUCAUAUUUUUAUCAAUCAACUAAGAAAAUUACAAAUUGACAAGAUGCUGGGACAUAACAGAGGAUCUAAUGUCAUAAUAAUCUUCUUAGUUUUGAUGUAUUUUCUAACAAAAUUGCGCAGGCCAGUAUACCAGAUGAACAGCUUUGUCAGUUGUACCCACCACAUACUGAAUCAAAAUCCCUUUAUUUAUACCUUUGGGUUCAUUUGUUUCACAGGGACAUGAUAACAUCCACAACAGAUAAAAACAAAACCAUAUAACAUUCAACAUAAUAGUAACAAUAGUACAUAAUAAAACAUGAAAAAAAAAAUACUCCAGGUUCCACGGAUCAGGACAUACACGAGAAACAAACAUGAAUAAAUGAUUAAUAACUGAAAUAACGUUGAAUUAAAAAAAAAAGUAGAUCACAGUAAAAACAACAAAGCUAACACCUAAGUGAACAUAUGAUAUAAUAUUCUGUUAGAAGACUCCUUCAAACUGUUGUAACAUUACAGUAACAAUUUAAUACCCACAAUUUAGUCAACAGUAGAGACGAGAGGAGCUUUAGAUUUUAAAAGGUUAUUAAUGUUUAUUUGCUGUUUUGUAGUUUGCAUUAAAAAAGGAGGCUAACUUUAUAUAGCUUUGGAAACAAGUUUUAUGCCUGUGAUUUUCCAUCGAAAUUAACUAUAAUAGUCCUUCAAAUGGCCUUUAAUAAAAUUUUAAUUGGAAUAUUAAUUGGUUCUAAAUAGUUUUUCAGCAUCAGAUGUUAAUUCAUAUGUUACUUGUUACUGAAAAAAAAAAAGUAUCCUCACUAAAUUUAUAAAGCAAACAUUUUUCUGUUUUGCCGGGUUUUUGUGAUUUUAU